ACAUAGACUGAUAGAAGGCAGGCAAAUGCUGUCUAUAUAAAAAACCACUACGCAACAAUGAGUAGUUCACUAUAAUUAAAAAAGUUGAAGCUUUAUUUUUUCAAGUUAUUUAGCCAUGCAUAACUUGUUAGCUGUGAUCUUGCUAUUUUUUGUUAUCUUUUUAUUGAAACAUUUGCUUCAUCCUAGAAAAAAUUUACCACCUAGUCCUUUAUCUCUCCCAAUAAUUGGCCAUCUUUACCUUAUCAAAAAUUCACUUCAACAAACAUUAACCUCUUUAUCAACUAAAUAUGGACAGGUUUUAUACCUCCGGUUCGGCUAUCGAAAUUUGCUUGUUGUGUCUUCUCCAUCGGCUGUGGAAGAAUGUUUCACCAAAAACGACGUUGUUUUUGCGAACCGGCCACGUAGCAUGCUAGGUGACCGGUUGUCAUUUAACUAUGUUUCUGUUUUUUGGGCUCCGUACGGGCAACACUGGAGAGUUCUACGCCGUCAAACAGCUGUUGAGCUGUUUUCUUUCAACAGUCUUCAAAAGUCUUCUUUAAUUCGAAAGGAGGAAGUUGAGAUUUUAAUUCGCUCUUUGUUUAAAGCCGGUGAGAAUUGUAUACUUGGAGGUGCACGAGUUGACUUGAGCUAUUGGGCUUCUGCUUUUGUGUUUAAUGUUAUGAUGAGAAUUGGUACUGGAAAAAGUUGUGUGAGUGAGGAAGAUAUAGGAAUGGAGAAGGGGAAAAAGAUUAUUGAAGAUAUGAGGGGAGCUUUCACUGCUAAUUUGUUGGUUUUAAACAUAUGUGAUUUUUUGCCAGUGUUGAAAUGGAUUGGGUAUAAAGGGAUUGAGAAAAAAAUGGACGUAACAUACGUGAAGAGAAAUGAAUACUUGACUAGAUUACUUGACGAAUUUCGACAAGAAAAAAGUAUUACUACUGAUGAUAGAGCCAAAGGGAAGAAAACAACUCUGAUUGAGACGCUUUUAUCUCUGCAGGAUUCUGAACCUGAAUUCUACACUGACGAUCUUAUUAAAAGUCUUCUAAUGGUUUUACUCGUUGCGGGAACGGAGACCACAUCGAUGACGAUCCAAUGGGCGAUGGGCCUUCUUUUAGCUCAACCUGAGGCAUUUCAGAAGCUUAGAGCUGAAAUUGAUAGCAAUGUGGGGAACGAGCGCUUAUUGAACGAAUCUGAUUUCACUAAUCUUCCUUAUUUGCACUGUGUUAUCAACGAGACAUUGAGAUUGCACCCUCCAGUACCACUUUUGUUGCCUCACUAUUCAUCUGAAGAUUGUACUGUUGGUGGCUACCAUGUACCAAAACAUACAAUCUUAAUGGUUAACGCUUGGGCCAUCCAUAUGGACCCCGAGUUAUGGGACGAGCCUGAAAAGUUUAAGCCGGAGAGAUUUGAGGCAAUGGAGGGGGAAAAAGAAGCGUUCAAUUAUAAAUUCUUACCAUUUGGUAUGGGGAGAAGAGCAUGCUCUGGAGCUAAUAUGGGCAUGCGUACUGUUUCAUUGGUAUUGGGUUCAUUGGUUCAAUUGUUUGAUUGGGAAAAUGUGGAAUUUGAGGAAAAAAUUUAUGACAAGGAUGCAUGUGAUAAUUACAAAUCUAAAGUAACUUCCAGUAAGGAUAAGCCUUUUGAGACUAUUUGCAUUCCUCGUCAGAAUUGUAUACAACUCCUUUCGCAGCUCUGAUGACAUUGAUAUUUGAUAUUCGCGUGUGUGAAAUAAAUAAGGAUAUGUUAAGAUGAAUCCUGUGUGUUUGUGUAAUAUAAGGAUUUAUCUUUCCGUUCCAAUGGAAUUCUCUUAUUCUUAUCUCUUA